GUGGGAAGAGCCUCUGCAAGCAGGCGGUGGGCGGGACACCAGGACUUGCAGAAGGAGCUGGCCGUGGGGCCUCGGUAAUCCCCGCAUCCGCCCCGGCCACGCUAAUGGGCACACGUGGCUCCGCCCCUCCGGGGGGGGGAGUUGGGGGUAGAACGGAGAGAGCGUGCGACCGCCGGGUUGCCAUAACAACCGCCCGUUUUCCGGCGUCCCCAGAGCGAGCGUAGCCACGCGCCUCCACCAGCUCCUGAUAGGCCUGGGAGAAGAGAGCGCGGCCUCCGCUAGGGGGCGGAGCGGAGUCACCGCGCUGUUGCCAUGGAGCCGGGCAGCGGAGGCUUGUCCCUGCAGGCAGAGAAGGGAAUGGAGAUCAUUACCUCCUUCACCCCCCUGCCGAUAGCCGUUUCAACAGCAUUCGCCACUCUCCCACGUGAUUAUUUGGAGGUGUGUGAACGUUUUGGUCGGAAUUACAAUCCUUUUGUAUAUCAAGUACUCCAGCUCCUAGAAAAAGAAUAUAGAAAAACUAAUAAAAGAUUUGAAGAUGAAUUCACAGUAAAAAUAGCUGGUAAUAACCGCUUAAUUCCAGUACAGAGACUCACUGAUGAUGAUUUUGAAAUGCUUAUCGAUACCUUAAAACCACAUUACAAUGUUACAGGUUUGGACGUUAGAUACAACCUCUUAACUGAUGAUGGGGCGAACCAUGUUGCAGAACUGCUUGAGGAAGUCCAAAGUCUCACUUACCUCAAUCUUAUGUUUAACGACAUCAAAGCUGAUGGGGCAGAAGUGAUAGCCAAAGCGCUCCAUAGAAACAGAACUCUCAAAUAUCUCAGACUGACUGGGAACAAGAUUGGUAAUAUAGGCGGAAUGUUUUUUGCCACAAUGCUUCAAAUUAAUUCAUCAUUAGAGAAGUUAGAUUUGGGAGACUGUGAUCUGGAGAUGCAAAGUUUGAUAGCAAUAGCAACUGUGCUAAUUAAAAACCAAUCAAUUAAAGGGAUAAACUUAAACCGCCCUAUCCUGAAGAGUGAAGAGGAAGAGUCAACCCUUCAUAUGAGCCACAUGUUGCAAAUUAACUCAACUCUCAUUGAACUACACAUGUGUAAGCAUGAUAUUAAAAAUUUGGGUAUGCAGCAGUUGUGUGAAGCCCUUUAUGUAAACACUGCUCUACGCUACCUGGAUGUCAGCUGCAACAGAAUAACUCGUGAUGCAAUGAAAUAUUUGGGAGAACUACUGAAAAGGAAUAAUGUAUUGGAAGUAAUAGAUCUUUCUUCAAACAGAAUCGAAGAUGAGGGUUCCGUGUAUCUGACCAAAGCCCUGGCUUUUUACAACACAAGUCUGAAAGCGUUAUCUAUAGUAAGCAAUAACAUAACUGGAAAAGGACUUACUGCUUUUUCAGAAUCAAUGAAAACAAACAGCACACUUACUAAUAUUUACAUCUGGGGAAACAAACUUGAUAGUGAAACAUGUGUGGCAUUUUCAAACUUAAUAACGUCGGGUCGUCUGAAAAAAGAUAAUACAGAUGUGGAGCCCUAUGAAGUUGAUGGCUGCAUGUAUCUUGCAGAGCUGUCUCAUGGCAUCAAAAAACAUUAUUAUUGGACACCCACUUAUGGAGAAAUCGAAGGUCCUUCAACCAAUGCAGGCUUUGCUAUUGUGCAGUCAGCCAAAAACCUAUGAAAACAAGUUUCUAUCUCCUGCUGAACCGAAGUAAACAACUUACUCUGUGAUGCUGGAAAGACACAAAACGCCAUUAGAAGAAAGGACCUCUUUAGUAGUAAGCCUUCACGUUUUUGUUUUUGAGAGCUGGCUCUUUUUGGCUGCUUGCUUGUUUGGAACAAACUACAAGCAGGUGGGUGAAGGGCAGCACAGCCUGCGAUGCUCUUCAUUACUCAACAGCGUGGUUAGGUGGGAAAAGUGGAAGACUUUUCAUGCCACAAAAGCUCUGGUUUGAGGCAGUACUCGAACCCAGAUUUUCCUAACUCAGAGGCUAGUUGUCUAUCCACUAGAUCACACUGUCUUCUCUAAUCAGAGGGAAGUUUUCUCAGUUAUAAAUACUUAUACCAGCAACCCAGGGUUGUUGUGAGAUUCAAAUGAAAUCAUAUUUCAUGUAAAGCAAGUUGUAAAACUACAAAGGUUAGCUAGGAAUCUUUUUAUGAAGCUUUAUCAAUUCCUAUAUCAGAGGCACAUUUAAUAUCAAAAAUUCAAGAUAAAAUACUUUCUAAAUCCAAGUGUAAAUUAGUUCGUAUUUUCUAUCAUUUGGUUAUUAUCCUUGCCAUCACUCCUAUCUACAAACGGGAUAAAACUUGUUUAUAAGAAUGAAGAUGUACUUUGCAAAAGGUUUUCCUUUAAACACAGCUAAUUCCUAUAGUGAUAAAAUGCCCAGGGCAGCACAGAUCUGCUUUUCACAAGAAAUCAAAAGAUAUUUCCCAUCCCUUUGAUUCUUUCUCUAUCCUAAGACUCUAUAUGAUCAUAUAGAUACAAUUUUCCCUACAGGGUUUAAGACAUAAGGGAAUCAGUAGAGAAAUCUUUUUACCAUAUUACUUUAACAAAACAAAACAAAAAAACAAACUUUAGAAAACUUCCAAAGGUUUGUUUCAGGGAUGGUAAAGAAGGGGAGAAAAACCCCUGAAACUCUAUUCUUUCCUUCAAUAACCCCAGAGGGAAACUCUUUCAGAAUCAACAGGUGGCAACAGGAAAAAGGGAUGGCCACAGAAACCAAGAAUUAUCCUCCCCAUUCUACCAGUCUGUACAGCAGCAGAGACCACAAAGGGCAUUAGCUUCUUUCAGACAGACUGAAGUUGUGCCUGCCCCCGCAGCCCUGGCUAUCCAGCCCAACACUGGCUGUACCUUCUGUCACACAUGACCUCCCCCACCCCCACUGGUCCUAGAGGGGGAGUCAGAAUACUCCUCCAUCCUUUGUCCCUUCCAGGCAGCCCCUCUGCCUCCUUCACUCAAUAACCCCUCCUUCUUUUGAAGUCUACUCAUUCAAGAUUAUGUUGGCUGUAGGAUUCUGACCUCCCUCCCUCCGGGACAUUUUCCUCUUUUCUCAAGGAGCUCUACUCCUGCUUCACCACCUUCUCCUCCCCAACUCCUGCCCUUGUACUGGGGGCAAGUUCAUGGACAUUCUCCCUCCAUAACUCCCACCAGCCCUCCCACAUCCUACCCCUCUCGCUCCAUCCCACACUGGGCCCUGCUAUUACCACUCUGCUAAUUCUGAUCCUAAUCUCCUAUUCCUGUGCUUUCCCCUUCCCACAGCUGCUGCUCAUCACCACCGACAUUCCCACACCUCUCCCCCUCAGUAGUUCAUAAUCCCUGCUCCAUCCUCAAACCAACAAUUAGACAGUUCAACUCUGCACUGUCUUCAAUCCCUGAGCCCCCAACAGUGCCCCCCGCAAGCAACACCCCACAUUGGCCUCCUCUACUUUCUCUCCUCACAAGCAGCUACUGACAAUCAUGCUGCCUGGGCACAUUAUAAAUUCAAGUUAUUCAACCCCACUUGGGGCCAGGCAAUCUUUAUUCCUCACAAAUCUAUUCCCAAUCUCCACAAGCCACCCCAAACCUUUUCUUCUUCCCUAAAGCUCCCCACAUGGGGAUCUUAUCAAUUCAGCACAAGCUUCCCCUCCUCUCCUCUUCAUCUCCAUCAUCUUCCACCUACCUCCUUUUCCCCCAGGCUCUGACAAAGAGGGGACCCUUCUUGCCAAGACCACCCUCUAUCCGUGACUGGCUAUCCCUCCCAUCUUCUCCAGCAGAGUGUAUCCUCAAUUGUAGGCCCUCCUUCUCAAAUCUCCAAGCUCUACCCAACUGGUUCCUUCUCUGCUGCCAUUACAUACAUUCCAGUCUCCCUAUCCUUAACACCUUUCACUAGACCCUACCAUCCCUUCAAGCUACACCCUCCCCCUCCAGCUCUUCCCCUCUUCUCAGCCAGACCCUUUGAAGAAGCUGUCAACACAUUUGGCCUCUCCUCCCCCUGCUCUAUGAACCUCAUCACUCGGUAAGGUUACCUACGACCUCUGAAUUGCCAAAUCUGCUUUGUCCUAAUCCUGCUAGAUCAGUCACUGACACUGGGCAUGGUUCUCUUCUGGUUUGCCUUCUCCCACCUGGCUGAUAGCUCCUUCUCAGUUUCCACAGAACAUCCCCCAACUGUGGGUGAUCCCCUAGGUUCUGUCCUGGGCCCUUUCUUUUCUACCCCCAAACCUUCUCUUGCUCACGUCAUCAGCUGCCAUGGGUUUGAUGGUCAUUUCUAUGCAGACUCCCAGGUUCACACAUCUAGCCCAGUCUCACAUCAAACAAGACGUCUUGGAGAGGUCAUAAAUUCAACAAGUCUAAAAUCCAAUGAGAUAUCUGUAAAGUGCUUAGCACGGGGCCUGGCAUGCAGGACACACGACAGAAAUGCUGCUGCAUUCUUUCCCCCUAAACCCUCCCUUCCAAGCUUCCCUAUUUUAUUGAAGGAACUCCCACCUUCCUACUGCUUCAGGGCUGUAAUCCUGCCAUCAUCCCCUGCCCCCCACCUUCCCUCACCCGCAUAUAUCCAACUGGUGGCCAAAUCUUGCCAUUUCUUCCUUCACAACACCUCUCUCACCUGACCCAGGUGCCAUACAGGUCAGGCCCUUACUAUGGUACCCUUGCCAAGAUCAUCCCAAUAGCCUCCUCCAGCGUCUCCCUGCCUCCCGCUGCCUCCUCUCCAGUCCACCCUACGCACUACUGCCAAAGUAACUUUCCUGGAACACAGAUUCGAGCUGGUGCAACCAAUUCCAGGGGUUCCUUAGUGCCACGGGAACAACACACAAAUUUCUUAGAGCCCUACAAGAUCUGGCCACAGCGCCCCCCCUUCUACCUGCAUUCAAGCCAAACUGGCCUCACCUGGGCUCCUCACCAUACUCCCAUUUCCUGUCUGCCAGGCAGAGAAAGCAAGGCCUCCUUAGCCAAGCCCCAGAGUCCAUGUUCUGCUGGAAGCCUUUCCUAAUCACAACUGCUGUUGCCCUAACUAUCCCAAACUACUCUGUAUUUAACUGGAGUGUGUGCUUGUUAACUUCAUGUCUACAAGGCACAGCCUUUUAUAUGUGCUUGUCCCCCUCAACACAUCAUCAUUAAUUUUGGACAGGGAUUGCUUCAUUCUUUGUCCUCCUUUCUGACGAGUGCCAUUUGUCAGUGGACACAAAGGUGGCAGAAGGGACUGGCACUGAAGGCAAUCCUGUGCCAACCUCCAGAACACCAAGUGCAGAGAGCACUUCCCUGCAGCACAGAGACAGGGAGCCUGGAAGAACACAAAACCAUUCAAAAGCACUAGCCAAUUCUGUCCCGAUGGGAGGAAAAGAAGAGUGAAAUCUGGUGCUCAGUCGGAUUUUGUCUCUGCUCUUCCAUUAUUCAUAUUAAAAUUUACU